AGUAAACAACACAAGCGCUAGCGCCUUUCGCAGCAUUCACAUGUUCAUGUUGCUGGAGUUACAACCUCAGCACAGACGAGUAUUAAUUAAUUAAAUUAUUAAACAACAAUGUCUUCAGCUGAGCAUUUUAAAGAGUUUAUAAACGACCGUCUCGCUGCUGCUGCGGAAGAAAUAUUCAGAGUUUUUAAGAAAACAGUGACCGAGUAUGAAGAAGAGAUCGGCCGUCAGCGCAGACUGCUGGAUAUCGUUUGGAAACCUGAGAUAAAGAUUCACAGGAUAGAUCUCCCACAGCAACAAGUCUUAAAGGAGGAGGACGUUCUCGCCGACUCCAGUCUGGAUGAAGAGGACCCACAGCUUCCACAGAUUAAAGAGGAACAAGAGGAACUCUGCACCAGUCAGGAGAGAGAGCAGCUUGAACCAAAGCAGGAGGCUGAUGCCUUUACAUUGACUCCUACAGAUGAGGAAAGUGACCACGGUGAAGAUCUGACUCUGAACUUCAACCCUGAUGAAGCUCUAAAUACAGCAGAGAACGAGUCUGUAGUGCCAGUUAUAUACUCUGUCAUAUCAGAAGCACACAGCGACCACCUGUCUCACAAUUCUCUGAGCCAAGAUCAGAAAGGAGGCGAGCACGGAGACUCAGGAUCAACCAGAAACGCAGAGCCAAAACCAAACAAAAAACAUCACCAAAGCAGUGACAGUGUAAACAGCCUGAACUUGUUAGAGAGCCACACUCCUGCAGGUAAAUGGCCUUUCAGAUGUGACAAGUGUGGAAAGGACUUGAAGCAUAAGUCAUCACUGGAAAGACACCUGAGAAUCCACAUAGACAAGAAGCCGUAUGCUUGCAACGAGUGCGGGAAAAGAUUCAGUCGGACAUCAACGCUAAAAGCUCAUAUGACGCUCCACACCGGUGACAGACCGUAUUCCUGCAGCAUCUGUGAGAGGAGGUUCUGUCAGAAGUCAGAGUUCAGAAAGCACAUGAAAAUCCACACAGGAGAGAAACCAUAUACCUGCAGGACAUGUGGGAGAUCUUUCAGACGUAAUGCUGAAGUGACAGCCCACAUGAGAAGAGCUCACACAGGCGAGAAGCGGUUUGCGUGCGACACGUGUGGGAAAAGUUUUUACAACGCAUGUGACUUGAAUGCUCACAUGAGAACUCACACAGGUGAGACGCCGUACUGCUGCAAAACAUGUGGGAAAGGUUUCAAAUGGGGUAGCGGCCUGCUGGUUCACAUGAGGACUCACUCAGAUGAGAGGCCGUAUACUUGUAAUAUAUGUGGGAAACAUUAUAAAUGCAGCACUCACCUGAAAGGCCACAUGAGAAUCCACACAGGUGAGAAGCCGUAUACGUGCAAGACAUGUGGGAAAAAUUUCAGACUGAGCUGUGCCUUAAAGGUUCAUAUGAGAUUACAUGCAGGUGAGAGGCCGUACGUCUGCAAGACCUGUGGGAAAACAUUCGUUAUCAUGGGGAAUUUGAAAAAGCACAUGACGGUCCACACAGAUGAGAAGCCGUAUUCCUGCAAAUCAUGUGGCAAAGAUUUCAGACAUAACUGUGCUUUGAAAUUACACUUGAAGAGGAAGAAGCUUUGCCGUUCUGAACUUGUGGGAAAAGAUUAGCAUUGAAAAGGCACAUGAGCAGCCACACAGGUGAGAAGCUGUAUACUUGCAAAACAUGAGAGAUGGUGUUCCACGUGAUGCUGCAACUAAUCAGUCUGAGCAAUGAGAGGAGUGUGGGCAAUGAACGUUUUCCUGAUUUCAUGUGCGGGGUUCCCUCACAGGUUUAUGGACAAACAUCAAAACUUUUCAAAGGCUUAUAAUAAAAUUUACUUUUUGUUUUUUAUUUUGACUCUUCCCAAAGCUACAGAGAUUUUUACCUGAACUUCCCAGAGUGACCAGUGGAAAAUUAGUUAUUAGAUUUUUAAAACAUACCCUUUGAUGUUUGAAUAUUAAAAGCUGAAGACAAACUCCUGGAGUUGAAAAAGUUGCUGGUUAGUUUGUGCCAACGGUUUAUUUUUAGCCAAAUUUAAAAUGUAGAAUAAAGUGAUGUGAUGAAAUGUCAAGAUGAAACUCAGAUUUAGUGACAUUUUUUCCUGACAGAAGCAUUUGUUGCACAUGAGGUGUUCAAGGACCGUUGUAUUUUUGAAAAUAUAACAAUAAUUUCUGUUUUUACAGUUUCUGGCUGUGAGAAAUUGUGUAAUUUUGGCAAAACAUGCAUCCCAAACCCGCUCGCAUGUUUUCUUUGAAAUUAAAAAAUAUAUAUAGCGGUGUUCCUGUGCUGUCAGAUUUGCCAAACCCUGUUCUUUUUUCUUAAACCCAACCAUGUGCUUUUGUUGCCUAAAUCCAACCAUGUGCGUUCGAAAAGAAAAAACGCCAUACGCAGUGUCUUAAAGAAGUCUUAAAGAAAGAAGAAAAUUUUUACAUGAUAAAUUAUUCACAAAAAAUGGACAUUUUUUACAAAGAAGACAUGACUCCCACUGCAUGCUUUGUUUCAAAUUUUUAAAGAAAAAAAUAAAUAUUUCUAACAAAGAAAAUUCAAGAAAAAAAAAUGUAGAAUUUAAAAUCAAAAACUUAUUUGUAUUUAAUUUUUAGAGAAAAUAUGCAGGUGGGUUUGUGAGGCAUGUUUUCUUUAGUAAAAUAAAUACAAAAUAGAAUCUCUGUGACCAUUCACACAAUGAUGGACAAUUUGGGAUUCAUGAGCCCUAGUGUAAAAUCACACUGUCAUUACAUUAUAUUAGAAAAUAAAUACAUUUGCUGUUACGUUACAUUAUGUGGAAAGAUAUGCUCUGAAGAUUACUGUAAACAUUAUACACAACAAAAUUCCAUGCCUUUUCCAGGUUUUCUAUGACUGUGGGAACCCUGCAUGUGUGUAUUCUGACAUGAGCUUUGUAAGGUGGUGAUUCAAGAAUACCACAUUACACCUUAAGUCUCAGACUAUAACCAUAGACUGUGUUAUUAUUAUAUUAGUCUUAUUUUAUUAGUUUUCUCCUGUGUUGUUUAAUACUGCAUUUCAGUACAGAACUUCCUUUGUAAUAAGUUUACAUUUGUGUUCUAGUUUCUACUGUUAUAGUUUCCUUGGUAAUUAAUGAAUGUGAAUGCUGCUGUAUGUGUUCUGUACAUCUUCAAUAAAAAUCAAUUCAUAAAAAAGUGCUCAG